CUGUUUUCUUUAUUUGUAAUAUAUGUAUGCCAAUCACGAUUCAUAUGCACACAUGAUUUUGUAUCCUGACAUUUGUCGUUACGUUUCCCGAGCGGAUUAUUCAAUUUAUUAAGAAAAUAUUACGCGUAUUGCGAUAUGAUUGCAUUUGUUUACGUAAUAUUCGUAUUUCACCAUUUCUGUCAUAAACAGAUAUAAAUAAUAUGUUUGUCGUGUAAUACCUUCUGCAUAAGCAAAACGCAAUAUUUAAUGUUAUUCUAAUUAUGUGAUCUACUUUAUUUUGUUCAUAUUCCUCGACGACCGUAUUAUGGGUUCACAUUUUUAUUGAUCUGUGAUUAAUUUACGAUAAUAGUGAUAUUACAAACAUAAAGAGAAGGGUUUUUUUGAACACCGUCAUUUGUAAGGUUAUAGAAAAAAAUAAUCAUUGUAAUAUACAUGUGGUAAGUUAUAUUAUCAUGUAAAAAUGUCGGUACCACAGAAAGAUAUGUCAGAAGAAUUUAUUCGUCAAUUAAACAACCACUUGGAAGAAAACAAGCUUGAUGAGGCCCUGAAACUUUUUAAAGAAAGCAAUUAUUCUAACAUUAUCGCACAUCACUCAUGGGAUAUUGUUCCUCUUGUGUCAUCUCUGCUUACUACAGAGAAUAUGAAAUCUAAUAAAGAUUUAAUUAACUGCUGUACCGAGAUAUUAAACUCUGUAGUUGAAAGAUGUAAUCCUCUUGAGGUAGUACUGGAGCUGUUAGAACAGAUAGAAGGUCCAGAAGAUGAUAUAAAGUUUUGUACAAUUUUCAAUGUACUUAGAAGAUGUCUUGCCAGAAUGGAUGACAAAACCAAAGUUAUUGAAUGGUGUACUAGUACAAUAAGAUCUUACGUAGAGAGUCUACCAUCACCAGAAAAAGAAUCUGAGAGUAAUACUGCUAAUAUAAACAAAACUAAAAGAGUUUAUGAAGCAGUUAUAUUAUUUUUAGAACCAUUAGUACAAGAGUCAAGAUCAGAAGAUGUUGUAUUAAGAGAUUACCUUGUUAGCACUUUAAUUUUCUUAAUGGAUAACUUGUGUCAUCUCCAGGAAAAAGAAUUGGGCUCACAGUGCAUACCUGAGAGAAUUGUAACUCUUACAAGUCAAACGACUGGAGAUUUGCUUUGGUAUUUAAACAUCGUAAAUAUAAGAAGCGUAAAAACCAAGAUCAAGAAAAAGAAUACAAGACAAGAGAAUACGAAUUUGAAAGUAACAUUGUUUGAAUCGACUGAAAAUAUAUCGGAUUUGGCCUAUGCGAACUUCUACUUUUAUAUUAUAACAAAGCCGCAUUUGUGGGAGAAAGUACCACAGGUGUACAAUCCUAAUUACAUAUUCCAAGUAUGCUCAUAUCUUGUUAUCAAAUUGCUGGAACAAGAUAUUGUCUCGAAAGGUUUGAACCUGAUGAACGAGAUUUUGAAGAGAAUCGCGAGACACUCCUUGACGUCGAAUUUAUUAGAACUGAACAUAUAUUUCGAUCUGUUCGACGUACUCGUGAAGGUGAUGAUUUACUCCGACAGCAAUAAGGAACGGAAGUUCGCCCUGAAUGCGUUUCAAGACUAUGUAAAAAUGUUCGAUAUACAAGCGAGAUAUCUUAUAGUCUUGCGUUUAUAUCAGACUAGCGAACACUCGGGUCUACUGAGUUUGACGACCGGAAUUUUCAAAGACUGUAUCAUCGAAUGCAUCCAAGCGACUCCUCCUAUUCCUUAUUUCCUCGGUAGCAAUCUCGAAACUCUGAUCAAGCUUGCUUGCAAAUUACAUCACGGUAGUGCGUCGGAUUUAGUCGAAAUAUCCGACGAAGUGAUCGCGAGCUUGAACUUGUUAAGAUUUCUGUUUAUAAGAGAUAAAGAUAAUCAAACUGGUAUUUGGAACUUGGUGGACCAGCUCGAGAAAGAUUAUUUGAAACCAUUGAGAGAAGGAAUAGAUCUGUGCAGAGCACAUUGGAAGGUGAAGAUGCAGGAUUUGGAAGGGCAGAAGAAAACGCACAAAGUAACAGAGAGUAUAGGGCUGGAGGCAAGCGAUGCCGAGGUGACUUUAACUGUUGGAGGUGAAAUGCUGCCUUCGAUGCCUAUCCAAGAAAAGAUUUCGUUCUGCCAUCAGGCUGUCAACGGUCUGGAUGUGAUGGAAAGCAUUUGGAUCAGGGUUCAUGAAUGUAUCGCUAAUAAUCCCUUUAAGGAAACAUAGUUGUUACAUGGCUCAACUUCGGAAUAAAAAUUAUACACUUAUUAAAUGUUUUAGAAGUUUAUGGACCUGUAGAGCGUUGCUCAAAGAUCAGGCCGAAAAUGUUAGUGCACAACAGUCGAGUCAAGACCAUGGUAA